GCGUAGACAUGUGUGACAUGACAUUAGCCAUUUUUCUACCCCUAAACUGACACAACGGACGACGCGGAUGUACGGACUGGGUUGCCUCUUGGCUAAUAAAAUACCCUUGUAGGGUUGCAGCACUAGGGAGCUGCUAAAGGUGUUGUCAAGGCAGACUAUGCAAGGAUAUUCGUGAUUAGCGUGUUGAACUGCAUGCAGGGAGUUAGGGUUUGAACCGGCUGUUAAUUAAUCCUUUCCUACUGGUGUUUCUCCUCUUCCCCUCAAUAUAUUUUCGCUAAUUUCUCUAUUUCUUUGACUCUAAUCUUUCUCUGCAUCCUUGAACCUGUCCCUAUCACAAUAUACUAGACGUCAAUAUUAUUCCCAAGCAAACACAACUCAAAGUUGACCCGGUUUCAAUAUGGAACAGCAUGAGAUGAAAACGAUCACCGAAACCAAUACGGAGACCCCUGCAGACAGGUUUCUAAGUCCAAUGACUUCAGGUGCUAAUCGAGAACAUGAUGAUACAUCCAGUCAAGCUCAGAUAAAGGUGCGAUGCUCCACAAAUUCACACCCGUUAAACAGGGUUGGGUGACAUAUAACAUUAACAGCGCCUUUUCAAUUUCACACAAAUGUUCUUCUUCUCGCUCACAUUCAUGUCGAGCUGGGAGACCCAAGCUUUAAAUCAAACCGCGGUCCUCACAAACGGAGGCCCCGAAGCUCUAGCUUGGGGGCUUGUGAUUGUCGUCUUUGGAGCGUUGGCACAAUGCGCUUCGUUAGCCGAGAUGGCAUCUAUGCAGCCCAUUGCCGGUGCACAGUAUCACUGGACCCAUUAUCUGGCGCCGGAUAGUCAAAAGAGGUUUAUCACCUGGAUGCAGGGCUGGAUUACUUGGUUUGCCUGGGUCUCACUCCUCGCAGGUGUAGCGAAUACCACGGCGACGACAAUCCAAGGUCUAGCGAUCACAAACUACCCUGAUUACGUAUCGGAACGAUGGCAUUUGACUUUGAUCAUCUUUGCAAUACUCAUCGUCGAGGGCCUGAUGAAUAUGUAUACCUUCCAGCUGAUCCCAUGGAUUGAGCUCUUGGCUGGGGUCCUUCAUAUUAUUCUUUUUAUCAUUUUCUUAGUCGUCUUUGUUGCAUUAUCCCCACGGCAUGCUCCGGAAUAUGUGUUCCUAACAACCCAAGCCCAGUCAGGCUGGAAUAAUACCUUCGUCUCAUGGAACAUUGGACUCUUAACCCCGACAUGGGGGUUCGUCGGCUUCGACGGUGCAGUCCACAUGAGUGAAGAGGUCCGUCGCGCGCGAGAGGCAGUACCCCGAUCGAUGAUCUGGUCUGUCGCCACUAAUGCCGUUCUUGCGUAUGCCAUUGUUAUAUGCAUGUUAUUCACGAUGGGUUCUGUCGAGGACGCCCUGAGCGCCAGCUUCCCCAUCAUUGAGAUCUGUCAAUAUGCCACGGGAUCCACCCAGGCAGCUACCGCCAUGGUCUGCGGGCUUCUAGUCCUUGGGCUUUCCGUAACCCUAGCCAGCAUAGCAUCCGCCUCCCGCUUGACAUGGGCCUGGGCUAGGGAUGGUGCGCUGCCGAAAUGGUUUUCAUACAUCGACCGAAGACAUAACGUCCCCAUCCGCGCCGUAUGGCUCCCCGUAUUUAUAGUCAUGGUCUUAGCAUGCCUCAACAUCGCAAGCACUGCCGCCUUCGGAGCCUUCAUAGCUCUCUCAUCCAUAGGUCUCUUCGUAUCCUACUUCAUCGCCAUCAGCUGCAUGUUGCACAACCGUUUCCGGAAAGACCCGGUACCAAUGGGAAACUGGAAUAUGGGUAGAUGGGGUCUGCCGGUUAAUAUUUUUGCCUUGAUUUAUACUGCCUAUGUCACUGUGUGGUUGACGUUCCCAUCUUAUCGGCCGGUGACAGGCCAGAACAUGAACUAUGCAUUGCCGAUCUUUGCUGCCUCGACUUUAUUAGCUUUUGUUUAUUGGUUUAUAUAUGGUAGGAAACACUGGUCGGGGUUGAAUAAGGAGGUUUUACGGCUUGUGGUUGAAAGGGGUGAGUUGCAGCUGAAGUGAAUCUUUCUUAUUGUUAUGAUUGUUUGUAUUGGACACUUGUAAUAUAC